AGUUGAAUCGAGGUCAACUGGAAUUGACUGGACUUGAAUCUAUGAAUAAGUCCAGUUGACCUUGAUUCAACUCUCUGUGUCCAAUAAUAAUAACUUCAGACUUGCAUUAUAAUAAAUGUGAAGUAAGAAAUUAAAUGACAUAUCCUUGCUUUGAGAACACAGUCAUGUAAAAUAGCUAACUUCAUAUCAAAUGGGCUUACAGGCAGGUGCAACCGAUUAUCAUUGGCACAGCAGUGGAAUCUAAUACGUUUGCAAAUUACAUGAUUCAGCAGCAGCAUACUAUUUUUAUAUGGAAAAAAGGCUUGGGCCUCGAUUUGACCCCUGAGGGACACCAUAGGUAACAUUAACAAAUGAUCACCUCAAAUCUCUGAUUGCUACAAACUACUUUCCUGCAAUCAGGAGGGAGACAAGUGUAGAGCAGGCACUAACAGAGCUGACACCCUACUGUUUGCUCCAUUCAGAAAGGAGGAAAUGAUGCACUGUUGUAAGAGCUGCACUAAUAUGUCAGUGCUAACCCACACACUGCCACAACUUGACAGCUCCGACUGAGGAAAGUGCAAAAGGUUCAGGGCCACAGAGCAAAAGGCUAAGGUUUCAAUACGUGCAGCAGCAUCAAGAUUUUGUGAUUAUUAAAAACUGGAGCUCAUUAGCAUUAGUGAUAAUAAAUCUUGACAUUUUGACACCCUAAUUAACAAGAGACCUUACAGUGAUUAAACUUGAAACCAGAAUAUCACCACAUUCAUGAGUUUUAGGAGCUUAAAACUGAGCAGACCUGUUGGUUUUCUGCUGUUCGCACCUGCCAGCCGCCCGCCUCGCUGCAUGUCAGAGGGAGAAGGGGUCACUUUUGAUCUGUUGUUUAAAACCAACCUGGGAGGAGCCAGUAGUGAGACAUGGGCAGGAGAGAGGGGGUAGCUGUGCAAACAGACACAUUAACACUGCAGCAGAUGCAGUUAUCAAGUAAAGGUUGUAUAGGCAGCUACCUAAACUAACACCUGGACAGCACUGAGAAUCAUCUGGAAGUCACAGGCAGAGAUUGUGAUAAAUGGAGACUUUCAAUCAUAAACUGAACACUUACAUAGAAUCAUGGAUGGGGCCCAGAGAUCAGCGGGUACGGGGAUGGCUGCUGCUGGACAACUAUCCCCCAACCUUUGCACUAACAGUCAUGUACCUUCUGAUCGUAUGGAUGGGACCCAAGUACAUGAAACACAGGCAGCCGUACUCCUGCAGAGGCCUCCUGGUGCUCUACAAUCUGGGCCUUACGCUCUUGUCCUUCUACAUGUUCUAUGAGCUUGUUACUGCUGUGUGGUACGGCGGGUAUAACUUCUACUGCCAAGACACACACAGUGCAGCAGAAGCUGAUAACAAGAUCAUAAAUGUCCUGUGGUGGUACUACUUCUCCAAGCUCAUCGAGUUCAUGGACACCUUUUUCUUCAUACUACGAAAGAAUAAUCACCAGAUCACAUUUCUUCACAUCUACCACCAUGCCAGCAUGCUGAAUAUCUGGUGGUUUGUUAUGAAUUGGGUGCCCUGCGGUCACUCGUACUUCGGUGCCUCCCUCAACAGCUUUGUCCACGUUGUGAUGUAUUCCUACUACGGGCUCUCAGCUGUCCCAGCCAUGCGGCCUUACCUCUGGUGGAAGAAGUACAUUACACAGUUGCAGCUGAUCCAGUUCUUUUUAACCAUGUCCCAGACCAUGUGUGCGGUAAGAUGGCCAUGCAGUUUCCCUAAGGGCUGGCUGUAUUUCCAAAUAGGUUACAUGGUCACGCUCAUCAUCCUGUUCUCAAACUUCUACAUUCAGACGUACAAGAAGCAUAGUGUGUCUCAUAAGAAGGAGCACCAGAAUGGCUCCCUUGUAUCAACAAAUGGACAUGCAAAUGGGGCGCCAACUAUGGAAAGCUCAGCACAUAAGAAACUGAGGGUGGACUGACGUUUGAGAAGCCACGCCCACUUCUACUGUAGCAUAUUAGCUAAAGCUGCUAGGAGGGAUAAGUAUCUUCUUUACAAGAGAUGUUUUAGAUUAGUCUAGUAUUCACUUGAGACUAAAAAAAAAAAAAAGCCAUAGCUACAUCUAUCCAGAGACUUU